UUUUAUGGACUAAAUAGGGGUUAAUGUUUACUAAAAUCACUUCAAAUAAAUGCCUGUGGAACAGAUGAAGAUCUUUGGUCAGGUGGCAGCAGCGGUCUGAGUCUCAUAGCAGACGUAUCCCGACACAUUCAGUUCAAGCUCAAGUUACCGCUCCCUCUCUCUCUCUCAUGUAUACGUGAGAAUAUUUACGUCAAAUGAAAACUGAAACUGUUAUACCAUGAGGGGUGGAGACAGGGGGAGAGAAGAGGCAGUAAUAGAGCAGACAGAGGAAAUCUCUCCAGUCUGGAUCACAGCAGGCACAUCAAGAUGCAGUGCCCUAGAGAACAGGAUGCUCUAAUCCCUCAGCCCCGUGGGAAUUUACCUAAGCUCUGUGCUGCGGUGCCAGUUGCCGUAACUAUAGGAUACAUGCUUUUAUUCUCUCCUGAGAAGUUGCUUGGCUGGAUUGCCAUAGCAGUACUCAUGCUGACUGUUGGCCCUUUGCUACAUGGGCUCUGUCUGCUGGCAGAGGAGCUGAUAUAUCAUUCAAACACGAGAUAUCGAGGACAAGGGAUGCUGAGCCACAUGCUCCCUGCCUGUGGUUUGGGGGGCAAGACCCUGCUCGCUGCUGGUGUGGCAAGCCUAAUGCUGUACCUGGCUGGACAUCAUCUACCACACAAAGGCAACACCUGGGAACUCCUUGUCCUUGUGUUUGUCCUUUACCCACUGUUGAAAGUCUCUGGAGUUCUGGGUCCGUCGGAGGUGGAGGUGUCAGACAUCUGCGAGGGGAGGAAGAAGAACGUAGCCCACGGCCUGGCCUGGUCCUUCUACCUGGGAUACCUGCGACUGGUCCUGCCACAUUUGGAGCAGUCCAUCGCAGCGUUUCGUGCCACACACCAGUUAAACAACACCAGUUGGGGUCGUGGCUCCAGGAAGCUCCUCAUCCUCAUCCCUCUCAAUGCCAACAUUUCCCAUAAGCUGGAGGACGAGGAUGAAAACAUCCAAUUCUAUGACAACCUACCAAACAACGAGAUUGACAGGGCGGGAGUCCGGGGGCGGGUCUACAAGCACAGUGUGUACCGCAUAAUGGAUGAGAAUAGGAAGGUCCAUGAGUGUGUGGUGGAGUAUGCGACGCCUCUGCUGACGCUGUACAACAUGUCCCAGGAGAGCAGCGCUGGUUUUGGGGAGCCUGAGCGCAGACAGCAGGUUCUGCUCUUCUUCAGGACCCUGCAGGACAUCCUGGAGCAUUCGCUGGAGUGUCGCAACCGCUACAAACUCAUCCUGCUCAAUGAUGAGCAGGAUGACCCUCACUUCCUGUCCAAGGCCAUCCUCAGACACUUGGAGCAGCAGGAGAGAGAGGAGUUCUGUCUUACACCAAAUCCUCAAGAAGAGAGGCCACACCCAUUUGUGGGCAAUGCAGAUACUAAUAAUGCUGAUGCUGAUGUGAUGAGCAGAGACCCAACGCUCAUGAUCAGCCUGGAGCAACCUCAGCCUCUGAGGGGCCCCAUGGAGGACACUUACCACGUCAGCAAACAAAGAUGAAGACAGGCUCUAUGGAGGACCAGAAGAGCCAUGUGCAUCAAAAUAAAGAAUUUCAUGCUUCAAUAAUAAAUUUAUCCAAUUGAAUAUGCAUUUUUAAAUUCAUUUUUAUUCAUUGAAACAUUACUAAAAUAAUUUAUUAUUCAAUGAUUUAAUUAAAAAUAAAAACACUAUUUAUAAAUAAUUAUUUCAAAAUCCCAAAUUUAAUCUAUUUGCUAAUAAAAUAGCGAAUUCACGAGCUAACAGGAACGGGAAAAAUGCAGGGAGCAAAUGGAUUGGAAAAUGUCAGAAAUAAAUGUCUUAUUUAAAUUAUAUUUAAAAAAUUUGUAGAGAUUUUGAAAAUCUGUUUUUUAAUUUGGCAUUUGAAAAUGGUUUUUGAAAUGAGGUUUUUACUGGGAGAUUUUAUUAAUUAUUUAUUAAAGGAUUCAUUUUGAAAUACUGAUUUUUAUUUUAAAUGAAAUUAUUACAUCAUAAAUUACUUUAGUAAUGUUUAAAUAAAUAAAAACAAUUCUAAAAUGAAUUCCUAAAUGGAUUUCCUAAUGCAUAUUUUAUUGCACAUUCAUUACUGAAGCACAAAAUUCUUUAUUUCUUCGGGUCCUCCGUAAGGCUCCGCCUCCGUCACUGUGUGCCAACUCUGCAACAUGAUCAUUUGGUACAUUCCUACAGCGUAUAUCUUUAAAAUAGUGGAUUCAAUUUAUAGCUUUUUGGAGUUUCUUAUAUAGAUUUUUUUUUACAUUUUGUUUUGAAAGUACCUUUUGUGCAUUCAUAUUAUAGAAUAAUUAAAAUUCUCCAAGAAUUGGCACCAGCCUGUUGCGUGGCUAUCACACAGAGACAGACAACCAAUCACACUCAGGGGCUAAUUUGGACUCACCAGUCAAAGUGUCGUCUGUGGACUGUGGGAGGAGAGAGGGAGAACGUGCAAACCCGCACACAAAUCUUGCUGUGGAGCGACAGCGCUAACCUCCACCACCGUGCCACCCAAUGCAAAGACAAAUGGUGAUUAAAUGAUCAUUCAAAAUAAACCAGUCUGGCAUGAUUCAUUUAUUCCAGCUGUUAAAACUGUUAAUUAAAAUGUAUAAUUAGUAAUAAUUUGAAACAUGUUGAGAUAAUUAAAACAAUUAGCAUGUUCUCAAAUGUCAGACACUGAUAGUUAAUUAACUGUGAAUGAACACUGUUAAACAAUGAAUGUAAUAAUAAUCAAUGUACUACUAUUUACGGUUUUUAAUAAAGGUUUUUGUAAAGGUGCAAAUUAUGUCUGUAAAAUAAUAAAUCUGUAAACUUUA